AUGGAUAGGUCGCGAUCCCACUCUCGAAGCAUUAGUCGAAGUCCCAGCCGUUCACCGUCCAGAGGGGUACGUCAAUUUUUUUUUUGAUUUUACUAGUUGAAAUUCUAGUGCUUAAAGUCUCUACGAUUUCCUUGAAGUCUCCGAAAAAAAAGUUUUAAACACGGCUUUUAUCCUAGUUCAUUAGAUUUAUUUUCUUUGGACGAUUUCUUAACCACGAUUUUUCACACGAAAACGUAGAAAUGAUUAUUUUCUAGAUUUUCGCCGCGUGCGAGAUUGCCCCAUUGGAACAAGAAAACCUUUGUGAAGAUAGAAGAUGUGAUAAGAAGAAGUGGAGCAGUUGAAGUGGAGAGAAUGAAGAUAGAAGAUGGGAGCAGUUGAAAAUUCACUUAUCAUACGUCUUUAUCUUAGUGCCCUCUUACCCCUGGAAAAGAAAUCCGACGAAUCGGUGAGUGGUCUAGAUGCCUUGCUUCGACCAUACUAACUCGAUGUCCUGCCAUUUCCCAUUAGAAUUUUCUACGCUUUCCAUUUUACUUCUAUGGACAAAGUUUGGUAGUCUUUAAAAUAUGGCUGUUCAGCGCCACAGGGAUCGCGAACGCUCACCUCGACGUGUCUCGAGAUCACCGUAAGUUUUAUUUGCCCAUAAACAAGAAAUAUUCUACAUUCGCAGAAGAGAUCGAAGAUCCCCUCGUAGAGGAUAUGGGGGAGGAAACAGUCAACGCGAUAAUCCGAAGCCCAGCAAUUGCUUGGGAGCAUUUAACCUGAGCGUAUAUACUACUGAAAAAGAUCUGAAGGAUGUGUUCGGCGAGUACGGUGAUGUCGAAAAGGUAUGGUUUGAAAAAGUAGAAGAUAAUUUAUGAAGAAAAAAAAGUAAAGCUUUACUUUUUUAAAGCAAUGAUCACAUUUUAAUUUAUUUCAUGUUUCAGCAAAAAAAUUUCUCUGAAGACUGAAUCAACUUGUAACUAUGAACUUGCAAACUCACACACUGGUGGUAUGAAAAAAACACCAGCGAAAAUUCAAACGGCAACUUUUCCGAUUUUUUCAUAUGGCUAGGGAACUUUCCGACGGCCACCUUUCCGACGAAUCUUUUUCCGACUUUUUUUCUCGAUAAACUCUUCGUUUUAAAUCUUCCUAUAUAAAGUAAGUGGUUGGUUCAUGAUUAAAACACAAAAAAAAAUGGGAAAAAAAAAAUGUUUAUAGAUGUUUUACAAACUGAAAACUAUAAGGGAAAAAAGUCGGAAAAGUUUCGUCGGAAAGUUCCCUAGCGAUACGAAAAAAUCGGAAAAGUCGCCGUUUGAAUUUUCGCUGGUCUUUUUUUCAUACCACCCACACACUCGAAAAAAAUAUCCUAGAAAAAAACAAACUUAUGAAGUUUUUUUAAAUGAAUGGUACAGAAAUAGAAUGGAGACUAAAAGAAAAUUUUUACAGCACUCUAAAUCCUUAGAGCGUUCUGAAAAUAUUUUCGUGUUUUGUAGGUUGAAUUGGUUUACGAUCGUCCCAGCGGUCGUUCUCGUGGUUUUGGAUUCAUUUAUUUCACGAGUAUUGAACACGCGACGGCUGCUCGCGACAGGCUGACUGGAACUGAACUGGAUGGACAGAAGGUAGUAUCUCCAGAAAUAACCUUUUUUAAAUGGAAGAAUAAAGAUUCGCGUCGACUUUUCAUUGACUCGAAGAGCUCAUUCACCGACUCCUGGUCAGUACAUGGGUCCUUUUGGCAGCUCUUCUCGUAGUUACGGUGGAGGACGUCACUUUAGGUUUAUUUUUUUUAAGCAAAAUGAUAAUUCAGAUGUUUUUCAAAUUUAAGGGAAGAGGGACGCCGUGAGAGCUAUCGCGAGGGUGUGAGAAGCUACCGCGACUCCUAUGCUUCCUCUUACAGGAAGCGCUCCAAUUCUCCUCGACGGUAAAAUUUUAUCAUUUUUCAAAAAAAUAUCUUCAAAAACUACAGCAAUCGAUCUCCUUCUCCGCGUCGACAUGCUCGUCGUCGCUCUCGCUCCUAUGAUUAA